AUGGAAGGUGUAAUGGACCAUUUAAUCGACUACGAGUAUUUACGUAGGUCAAGACCAAAUGAAAUUUGGGAACCUCGCGUUAUAAGGAACGUAAUUUUGCAAAUAUUACGAAAAUUAAGGCCGAGUAAUAGAGUGCCACAUAGAUUUGAAUCAAUGCUGAACUUCAUUAUACAUGUUUCAAUGAUUGAAACAAAUUGGCUGACAGUAGCCAGCAGUCUGAUGGAGAAUAUGCCAACUUGUCCUUAUACAAUAAUAACGAUUGCAGUUAUUAUGCGCGAAAUUCCAAGUCCACAAGUGACUACAGUCAGCAUGGUGUUGAACGAGCAAUACCAAUUGUCUCAGAACCGCGCUGUGGCGCCCGACUUCGACAUUAGAAUUGAGAAGAACAUUUGUUUAGUUCUUAACUGUUUAGCGGAGAAGUUAGUCGGGACUCAUAGUACGGCAAUAUUUACGGAUAAUGUGUGCAGCUACUUAUGCCACAUUUUUAUAAAUAGUAGAAAUCAUAAUGAUCUGGAGUUACAAAUGAGAGCUUUACUUGCACUUGAAAAAUUUGCUGCCACCAAAGAAAAUAAGGCAAUGAUAGUGGGAAGAUUGUCACAACUAAACAUAAAUCAUUUAUCUAAUUUAGAGACAUUCUUUAUGGAUAUUUCUGGGGAACAUGGAGUUCGGCGCGAGGUUGGAUAUUGCGCCAAAUGGGCGCUGGAUAAUAUCUUUCCAAAACCAGGCAGACAAUUGUCCUAUGAUACAGUGAAUAUAGCAACUAUAAAUGGUAUGCUUAAAAAUGAUAGUGGAAAUAUCUAUCUGAAGUAUUCACCAGAUCUUAUGGAAAUUAGGAAUGAUACCAUAUUGUCUCAAACAUUACAUGGGACCUGUGAGGUGGAGGAAGGAAUGUGGUUCUAUGAGAUUACCAUGAUUACUGAAGGUUCCUUAACCGUUGGUUGGGCAUCUACCGGCGUUGACACGGGAGGAACAAUAACUCCUUUUUUUAAAUUGUAUUUUUCUGGUAUUAUUUCACAGGAGAAAUCAGUCGGUGAUGAUAUGUUUUCAUUAGGUUAUGAAGGCAACUACAGAUUAUUGUGGUAUAAUGGAAAUCCCUAUAUUAUUUCUCUGGGAAGGUGGAGGGUGGAUGAAGUGUUAGGUUGCCUUCUCGACAUUACUAACAAGAGUAUCUCUUUCUUUCUGAAUGGGUUCGAAGUCGUAAUGAAUUCCAAUGAUUUCUUUUCACCCACAAGGCCACCAAAGAAAUUCUUCCCGGCGAUUACAAUAGCGCCCUUCCAACAGUGCAUCGUGAACUUUGGCCAGAAACCUUUCCGCAGCGCGCCGGAGGGUGUACAAUUCUCCGCGCUCAGCUCUGUCGGUCAACUCACUCCGCAGCAGAGGAUGGUAAUUAUCUAUAUACAUUCGACAUUCCUGACAAUUUUCAGCAACAAAUUGAUUGUUUUUUGUUGUCAGAUUUACGGAAUGCCGCGCAGUGCGAUGCAAGAACGGCAAGCGUCGUUCAAUGCGAGCGAGGACGCGUGCGACAUUUGCUGCGACCGCGCCGUCGACGUCACGCUGCGUCCCUGCGGACAUCGGUGAGUCUCUCUAUCUCACUACAUCCAUUCUUUUCAGAGUGCCUGUGUUGACUUGGAGAGUUCAUUUUCAUCACAACAAGUCUACAAAUUAUUUAUAAUCAUUUUGUAUUUUUAAUUGUAGCUUAUUUA